UACACCAUUCAUUUUCGUGACGGCCGAUAAGAUACGAUGUCUGAGGAUUGCUUUAUAAAUUAAUGACCAACUCAACUUGUCUAAUUUACCAGUAACCCAAGAAUGGAAUUCAAUACUCAGCCUCAAGUCAUGAUUUUCUGUGGCAUCGUUAUAUUUUUCACUGUGCUAUGGAGGAUUCAUGCAAGAAGCAACAAGAGGGUCUACCCUGAUCCUCCUGAACCUGCUGGGGCAUGGCCAAUUAUCGGUCACCUUCAUCUUCUGGGAGCUAACAAGAUAUUACAUCAGUUGUUCGGAGCCAUGGCGGAUAAACUUGGACCUGUCUUCUCGUUACGGCUAGGAAUUCACAAAAUUCUUGUGGUGAGCAGCUGGGAAGUUGCCAAGGAAUGUUUCACAGAGCAUGACAAAGUCCUCUCCAACCGUCCAACAACUCUAGCGGUGAAGAUUAUGGGAUAUGAUCGCGCUAUGUUUGGAUUUCUUCCUAAUGGGCCAAUUUGGCGUUAUCUUCGUAAGCUAGUGAUGGUUGAGCUUCUAUCAAACCGUAGACUUGAGAAGCUCAAGCAUAUUCCUGAAUCAGAAGUUAGUUUUUUUGUCAGGGGGCUUUAUGAGCUAUGGGAAAGCAGAGGAGAAGGAAGCAUGCCUGUAGUGAAAUUGACACAGAGAUUUGGAGACCUCACGACGAAUAUAGUGGUGAGAAUGGUGGCAGGAAAGCGUUAUUUUGGAAAUGCUGACUACAAAAAUGAAGAGGCAAGACAGUUCCAGAAGGCCUCGGAGGAUUUUCUGCGUAUGGUAGGGCUGUUUAUGGUUUCUGAUGCCGUUCCCCUGUUUGGCUGGAUAGAUUCACUUACAGGAUACAAAGGAAAGAUGAAGAAGACAGCAAUAGCUAUGGAUAACAUACUUGAGGGAUGGAUGGAAGAGCACAAGCAAAAAAGGAAACUUUCAAGCAUCGAUGAGUCGGACCAAGACUUUAUGCAUGUUAUGCUCUCUAUCAGGGAAUCUGACCCUGAUGCUCAGAUUUCUGAUAUAACCAUAAAGGGCACUUGCCUGAGUCUUCUCAUAGGUGGAUAUGACACAGCAAUGGUCACGCUUACAUGGGCAGUCUCAUUGCUACUUAACAACCGUCACGUGUUGAGAAAAGCUCAAGAUGAAUUGGAAAAGCAUGUUGGAAAAAAUCGCCAAGUAAAUGAGUCAGAUGUGAAGAAUCUAACUUACUUGCGAGCCAUUAUUAAGGAAACGUUACGAUUAUACCCAGCUGCACCACUUAAUGGACCCCAUGAAGCAAUAGAAGAUUGCACUGUAGCAGGCUUCCAUAUUUCAGCUGGCACACGCUUAUUUGUUAACCUCUGGAAGUUGCAACGUGACCCUAGCAUUUGGUCCGAUCCCCUAGAGUUCCAGCCUGAGAGGUUCAUUGAAAAACAUGUUGAUGUUGAUAUAUGGGGGCGGAAUUUUGAACUUAUACCAUUUGGAUCAGGAAGGAGGGCAUGCCCUGGCACGACACUCGCUCUCCAGGUUCUGCACCUGACAUUAGCUCAGUUGCUUCAUGUAUUUGAGCUAGGAACUGUAUCGGACUUGCCGGUUGAUAUGACUGAAAGUCCAGGGCUUACUAACACAAAGGCAAAACCCCUGGAAGUUACCUUCAGACCCCGCCUAGCUCCUUCCCUCUAUGUAUGAAGCAGAGAUUCCGUCCUGUGAUUUUAAUUUUAAUAGUAUAAUAUACAUCAUUUAGGGUGUACAAACCGAUGUUAAAUCUAAUAAUAGACAUGAGUUAUUAACUGA